AUGUCUGCCAGUUUGUACGUUACGCCGUACAAUGGCACCGUCGGAGAUGCUGACGCCGGAUAUACUACCGGCGUCACAGAUCUCAAUCAAUUUUACGAGAGCGGCGACUUUGCCUGGAUUAUGACCUGCGCUGCCCUCGUCCUUCUUAUGGUUCCCGGUGUCGGCUUCUUUUAUUCAGGCCUUGCGCGACGCAAAUCCGCGCUCUCGUUAAUUAUGUUGGCCAUGUUGUCCAUCGCCGUCGUCGACUUCCAGUGGUUCUUUUGGGGAUAUAGCUUGGCCUUUUCCCAUACCGGCAGCAGCUUCAUUGGUGAUCUCUCCAACUUUGGCCUUAUGAAGACUCUCGCGCAACCUUCCGUCGGCAGCACCAAGGUUCCCGAUCUCUUAUUCUGUCUGUACCAGGGCAUGUUCGCCGCUAUUACACCAGCCCUUGCGAUCGGUGCCGCAGUCGAUCGCGCACGUGUACUCCCAUGUAUUGUCUUCAUGUUCGUAUGGGCAACCAUCGUGUAUGAUCCUAUCGCAUACUGGACGUGGAACGCCAACGGUUGGUCCUUCAAGAUGGGUGGUCUGGACUUUGCCGGUGGUACUCCGGUCCACAUCUCGUCCGGCGCAGCCGCCCUUGCGUUUUCCGUCAUGAUCGGCAAGCGGACUGGAUACGCAAAAUCCGCUGGUCUACCCUAUCGUCCGCAUAACGUCACUCAUAUCGUUCUCGGUACCGUCUUCCUCUGGGUCGGUUGGUUCGGCUUCAACGGCGGCUCUGCUCUCGCUGCUAAUAUGCGCGCCGUCAUGGCCUGCAUCGUCACCCACCUGGCCGCGUCCGUUGGUGGUAUCACGUGGACCCUCCUUGACUAUCGCCUUGAGAAGAAGUGGUCGGUCGUGGGAUUCUGCUCUGGAGCAAUCGCAGGUCUCGUAGCCAUCACGCCCGCUGCCGGAUUCGUUACCCCUUGGGCUGCCGUCAUCUUCGGCAUUGUAGGAGGCAUAGGCUGCAAUUUUGCCACUAAGCUGAAGUUUGUCAUGGGUGUAGAUGAGGCACUUGAUAUUUUUGCUGUCCACGGAAUUGGGGGUAUUAUCGGAAACCUUCUAACUGGCCUUUUUGCAGCCGACUAUAUCGCAGCCCUUGACGGUUUCACGGCGAUCCCAGGCGGGUGGAUUAACCACAACUACGUACAAUUAGGGUACCAGAUUGCGGACUGUGUGGCGGGCUUCUCCUACUCUUUCGUUUUAACGUGCGUGAUCUUGUUCGUCCUGAACCUGAUCCCAGGCCUAAGCCUGCGCGUUUCGGCCGAGAAUGAGGAGAUCGGUAUUGACGACGAUCAGUUGGGCGAGUUCGCAUACGAUUACGUCGAGCUGCAGCGCCAUACCAGCGACGUCCUCUCAGGCUCAGCUGAGGUGUCGACCCCUAACGCCGGUCGUGCAGGCUCUUCUAAGAGCAGCGAGGGGCCUGAAAAGAUGGUUUAG